AUGGAGGGUCUGCUUCAAUGCUCUGCAAAUUAUGUUCCUUUGUCUCCUAUAAGCUUCUUGGAGAGAUCAGCUAAGGUGUACAGGGAUAGAACAUCAGUUGUGUAUGGCUCUGUGAAGUACACUUGGGGGGAGACUCAUACAAGGUGUGUUAAGCUCGCUUCUGCUCUGACCCAGUUGGGGAUUUCACGCGGCGAUGUUUCAGGUUGGGGCCUUGUUAGUGGUAGGGAGCAGGAUAACGUGGAGUGGCGAUUAGAAUUACUUAAUAUGGUUGCGACGCUGGCCCCUAAUAUCCCAGCAAUGCAAGAGCUUCAUUUUGCGGUUCCAAUGGCUGGAGCAGUUCUAUGUACGCUCAACACACGCCUUGAUUCAGCCAUGAUAUCAGUCCUACUGAAACAUUCAGAAGCGAAGGCCAUAUUUGUGGACUACCAAUUACUUGAAAUUGCUCAAGGAGCACUUGAUCUUCUUGCAAGUACGGAAACAAAACUGCCUAUCUUAGUUUCAAUCCUUGAAUUUGACGAUGGUUCAUCUCCAACCAUUGGCACUACUAAUACAUAUAAAUAUGAGAGACUUCUGUCAAGUGGACAUAAUGAUUUUGUUAUAAGACGGCCAAACACUGAAUGGGAUCCUAUUAGCAUAAAUUAUACUUCUGGCACAACAUCGCAGCCCAAAGGAGUUGUUUAUAACCAUAGAGGUGCAUAUCUCAAUUCAAUUGCAACAUUUCUCCUUCAUGGGAUGGCCGCAAUGCCUGUUUACCUUUGGACAGUGCCAAUGUUUCACUGUAACGGGUGGUGCAUUAUUUGGGGGCUGGCAGCGUUGGGUGGCACUAACAUAUGUCUUAGACGUGUCUUUCCGAAGGACAUAUUUGACGGUAUUGCUCUCCACAAGGUCACACACAUGGGCGGGGCACCAACUGUCUUGAACAUGAUUGCGAAUUCGCCACUAAGCGACCAAAGGCCACUUUCUCACAAGGUUGAAAUCAUGACAGGUGGUGCACCACCUCCUCCACAGAUCCUUUACAAGAUGGAGGAGCUAGGUUUUAGAGUAUCCCAUUUGUAUGGACUUACGGAGACUUAUGGUCCUGGAACACAUUGCUCAUGGAAGCCUGAGUGGGAUUCUUUGCCUCCAGAUGAACGAUUAAAGCUCAAAACACGACAAGGGGUGCACCACCUAGGUUUGGAAGAAGUUGACGUAAGAGAUUCUGCCACCAUGGAAAGUGUGCCAGCCGAUGGUAAGACGAUGGGUGAAGUUAUGUUCAGAGGAAAUACUGUAAUGAGUGGAUAUUAUAAAGAUUUGAAAUCAACAGAAGAAGCUUUCAGGGAUGGAUGGUUUCGAAGUGGUGAUCUUGCCGUAAAACAUCCUGAUGGCUAUAUUGAAGUAAAGGAUCGCUUGAAAGACGUUAUAAUCUCUGGGGGUGAGAAUAUAAGCACUGUGGAGGUAGAAACAGUGGUGUAUAGUCAUCCAGCAGUUCUUGAGGCUGCGGUAGUUGCACGACCGGAUAAUCACUGGGGGCAGACGCCUUGUGCAUUUGUAAAGUUGAAGGAGGGAUUUAAUGUUGAUGCUGAAGAAAUAAUCAAGUUUUGUCGUGAUCAUUUGCCUCAUUAUAUGGCACCUCGGACAGUCAUUUUCGAUGAUCUGCCAAGAACUUCAACUGGCAAGGUUCAGAAAUUUAUCCUGAGGGAGAAAGCAAAGGCCUUGGGCAGCCUUUCUUGA